AAACAAACUGCCACAAGUUGUAUGCCCAAACCGAAUUUGUGUGCGAAUCACACUUCUUGGGCUUGUUAUUGGGUGUGAUUAAUCGCCUUUAGGCAACACAGGGAUAAGUAGUCAUGCCAAAGCGCAACGAUGAAGAUGAAGAAAUUAUUUUUGAUGACAGAGAGGACACGGAAGAAGAUCCUAUAAACAUUGGAAAUGGCUCUGAUGAAGAUAAUGAUGAUGAUGAGGGUAAUGAAGAUCUUAGCUUGAAGAUAUUAGAGAAAGUGUUAUCGAGGCAUGAUUCAAAGAAGAUAAGUAUGUUAGAUCUGUCCGGUUCUGGUGUAGUAAGUACUGUGAUUGUCAAUGGAGGAAAUUCAAAGAGUAGUAAGAAGAUGAACGGAACCAAUCCAAAAGAUGCCCAUAAAAUUUCCAUUGGUUCAGCAGACCAAAGUGAGGAUAAGAUGGUGGAAGAUUUAACAAAAGGGAAAGAUGAUGAUGAUGAGGUUAAGGUUGAGAGAUCUGCUGAACCAAAAGCUGGAGAAAUUUCUAAUAAUAUGGUUUUGAAAAAGCUUCUUCGUGGAGCGAGAUACUUUGACUCUCCUGAUGCUAGGGAGAGUUGUUAUAGUUGUGGGGAGCAAGAUCAUGUUACUGUUAAUUGUCCAACUUCAAUCAAGCGUAAGAAACCUUGCUUUAUAUGCGGGAGUUUGGAACAUGAUGCAAAGCAGUGUUCAAAGGGACACGAUUGUUAUAUUUGCAAAAAAGGUGGCCACCGGGCAAAAGAUUGUCCGGAUAAGUACAAAAAUGGGUCUAAAACAGCCAUAUGUUUAAGAUGUGGAGACUCUGGACAUGACAUGAUUUUGUGCAAGUAUGAGUACUCUCUGGAUGAUUUAAAGAAUAUACAAUGUUAUGUCUGUAAAAGCUUUGGCCAUCUAUGCUGUGUUGAACCGGGUAACUCACCGUUAUGGGCUGUGUCUUGUUAUAGAUGUGGUCAGCUAGAUCACAUUGGACUGGCUUGUGGUAGGUACUAUGAGGAAAGCACCAAAAAAGAUUUUGCUAGUUCAUGCUUUAGGUGUGGGGAAGAAGGGCAUUUCUCACGUGAAUGCCCGAAUUCGUCGAGCAUUAGCACUUCACAUGGCAGAGACUCACCUAGUUUAUGCUACAGAUGUAAUGGAGUAGGACAUUUUGCUCGUGAAUGUCUGUAUUCCUCUCAGGUCUCCAAGAGGAAUCGUGAACUAUCUACUCCAUCACAUAAAUCUAACAAGAGAAAUAAACAAAACUCGGAACACACUCCUACUCCCCAUGAAUCCAACAGGAAGACAAAGAAUAUAGAAAAUUCUGAACACAUUUCUACUCCUCGUGAAUCCAAUGGAAAGACGAAGAAGAAGAAGAAUAAAGAAAUCUUGGAAUACAAUUCUACUCCCCAUGAAUCCAACGGGAAGACGAAGAAGAAGAAAAAUAAAGAAACCUCGGAACACUACUCUACUCCCCGUGAAUAUAAUGAGAAGAUGAAGAAGAAGAAAACACAUAAAGGAGAACAUGGAGAACAUCUGCAAACUACACCACAGAAACCAAAACUGAGAGGCGGUUGGAUGAUAGAUGAUCUGGAAGACUAUUCUUUCCAAAGAGGAAAUAUCAGGAGGCCACGGUCCCCUAUUACACCAUCGGGUCAUAACUAUCAUAGGUUACCCACUACAUAUAUGGAUCAUACUCAUAACCAUAGAUCACCAACAUUUAGUUCUGGUGGUCAUUAUCCAGGUUCUCAAUCAACCACACCAUAUGGUAGAAACCAUAGAAAUUCAUCAUACGAGUCUAGUGGGCAUCUCUCGGAUGAUUUGCAUUCAAGGUGGCAACCUCAUUAUCCUUCUCUUUCCCAUCAUCAUCAUCAGAAUCACAGAUAUGCAUCUGCACCCUCAAGGUAUGGUCCGGCUCACCACUAUAGCGAGUAUUCAGAGAACUAUGGUCGCUGGUAGUAUCAAUUGAUAUUGUCAGAGACGAUUAUUAUGCUUGAUGGUGUUUGUUGGUUUCAAAAGUUAGCUUCACUAGACUUCUUGUAUUUGAUUUGGGACUGAUGUCAGCUUCUUGUUGUUUUGUUCUCUUCUCUUACGCAAGUACUUUGUUCAGUCCUCAUUUCUUUCCCUCAAGUAGAUUACUCAGAUUUUUC